AUGAGCUCCCCUUGGAUGAACAAAACCGCGAUUCAAAACCACAAUGGCUCUGCCUCCGCUUUUCCAUCCAACAGCCUUGACUCAAAUGUUUUCAAUAACUCAGCCCCCUACGAAACACCUUUCGAUGCUUCUUCAUACGCCAACCAGCUGCCCUUGCAACAACAGCGGAUGCCACAUGGUGGCAUCCGCAAUGGUUCUGCUGGAUCUUACAACCAAUCACAACAAUACCAGACAAAUUCACUCGUUCCGUCCAAGAGAGGAAGAGAAGAUAAUUUUGGAACAUCGCCACAACAGACGCCGGGUAUGCUGCCUCACUCCCGAUCACAUACUCCUCAACAAAAUGCAUAUUCAGGUUAUCAGGCAAACGCACAGUCAUCGCAGCAUACACCUCAACAAAUAUCCUAUGCUCAUCUCCAGGAUGCACCAGGAAAUGCUACGCCAUCACCCAUCAUGAGCAGCCAAAUACGUCCCGCAGGAAUACCUCAACGUGUGUCAACUGUAUCGCCUCAUCCAUAUUCACCCGCUGCACCGCAAUUUCCACAUUUGUCUCCUGCUCAAUCUGAUCAAGGAGGAAGCAAUCAGCUUGAUUCAGCACAGCAGAAUAACCAAUAUGGCUCGAACCCAGUUUUCACGCAAGGCUUUGGUCAAACAUUUACGCCUCCUCCCGGUCAAUCUCCAGCACCACCGCCGCCGCACACGAUGACUACACCCCAUAUACCACAGUCUCAACCCUCACAAGUAUAUCAACAACGACAACAAGGUCAAACAGAUCAACAGCGGCUGAUAUUUCAAAUGCAACUACAACAACAGCUCCAGCAAAGGAAUAUGUUGGCUCAGCGAGCAAACUUACCAUCAAAUCCAAACGUCAUAGCUCCUCAGCAAAUGCCUGCUCCCAAUGGUCAAUAUUCUGGCGCGAGGUUAUCCCCUGCUUUCCCUGCAGCUCGUAUUUCACCAAAUCCUGAAAAUUUCAUGAAAAAUCUUGUAAGCUUUAUGCAAGGUAAAAAACUAUCGUUAGAGAUGAAUCCCAUGUUUGGAAACCGUCCAGUUCCUCUUGCGUCAUUGUACUACACGGUAGUAAAGUUUGGGGGAUAUAAACGAGUCACAGCAAUUAAUGGGUGGGAAUCAGUCGCUGCCGCCUUACAACUUCAUCCAACAGAGCACAUCUCUGCCCCACAGUAUUUGAAGGGUGUCUACGAGAGAAAUCUCGUAUUAUUCGAGGAAGCUUUGACAAUGAACCAGCAACGCCAACGCUUUCAAAUGCUGCAACAAAAUCCUAAUAUAUCUGUGCCACAAAUUUCUCCUACAAAGACAAAAGUUGCACCGCCUGCCACGAUGCAAGACCCACUCCAUAGCUAUACACAGCAACAUCAGCAAUCUAUAAACCAGCAAAUUCAACAGCCACAGCAGCAGUUACCUGCUCUCGCUACACCAAUCAAACAAAAGCAAUCCCUUCAACCACAGCAACAGCAGCCUCCAUCAACUAACGGAUUCUCCACGUUACCACCAUCUAAGACUCAGAUUCAACAAGCUAAUCCACAGCCUUACCAGCACGAGAACCAAAUAAAGGUACUAGAGUCAACACCCCCGAAAAAAACUAUGUCAAUAUCUUCUCCUGUAUCAUUAGUUAAACCAUCCAACCUGGAAACAAUGUCUCCAGAGACCGAAAAACCAGCGAUUGUGCCUUUAAAGCCUCAAAAACACAAGCUGCCUUCUGAAUAUAAAUCCAAGGUCGUCAUACUUGAUACCUACGGAGGGGCUGAACUCCCGACAUUGGCGCGAUUAGGAGGGGAUCGGAUGCGGUUCAAGCCUGAAGUGCCACUAGUGGGGGAUAUGGGAACCAUAGAUAUGCAUGCCCUCACAAUGAGCCUGCAGUCUGGAAUACACUCUGAAAUACGCCUUGCACUAGACAGCUUAGUUUGUCUCUCGGUAGAGCCUCGAAUACAGCUAGACUUACGUGCAUGUGAAGACCUCCUUGAGACGCUUGUUGACUGCGCCGAGGUCCAAGUGGAGCUACUAGCGGGGAAAUCUGGAGAAGCUUCGGAUGUGAUGCGGAUUAACUCGUACGAAGAUUUAGUUCGGCAGUGUCGACUAGAACAGAAGGUCUUGCAGGAUAUCUCAGUAUUUGGCUCUCGGGAGUAUGAGCUAGACCGCGCUGCAGAACGGCUAAUCUGCAUAACCACUAUUUUGCGAAACCUCUCCUUCUACGAUACAAACCAUACUCAGCUUACUGAAAAGUUAGUACUAAGGUUCUUCUGCACAGCCAUUCGAUAUCUUGGAACCCGAAAAUUGCUCCUACGUACCAGCUCUAAUACGCUAGACUUCAUGAAAGACGCCGUCAUCUUCCUAUCCAAUCUAGCGCAAGAAAUUGAACUCUCAGGAAAGGAGGAAGCGCUGUAUCUGCUUCAUUUUAUUCUCGCGUUUGCACCCUAUCCGCCACCUAACAAUGCUAAUUCUAGCACUAUCGUAUUUUCGCCAUACGACCCUGCUAUACAUCGAUAUCUACCUCCUGCCGUAGACAGCCUGGCAAAGCUAUUAGCACGGGAUGAGCCGAAUAGAAGUCUCUUCAAAGCUAUAUUUGCUGCAGAAGUGACGUCGAUUCCCCCGUAUAACCUCCUCACCCGGGCUUUUGCCCUUGCUGUCUCGUCUGUGCCAGAUGAUCGACCGGAUACCACCCGGGCAAAGUUGCCGCCGGUCAUUGAGUCUCGAAAACCCUUCCUCAUGCAAGGAAUACUAGCUGCCGGUAUCCUUUCCAACUUGGCUCCUGGAUUCGAGGCGGGUGUGGCAAAGUCUUGGCUCACAUCAGAAGACGGCUUUUCACACAAUUUGUGUCGUCUUAUAAUUACUCUCUGCCUUGAGGUCACUCCUAAUGCUCCUCACCCACGACAAGCUGUAAUAACUAGGAGUUUUGACGAUGACGCUUUGCUUCAAAUAAUCCUAGGUAGCAUAGCUGUGCUUCAUCGUCUUGUCGAGAAAUCACGGAACCCCCAAGACCCAGUUUCUGGCAAAGACUUCUCUCAGGUUCUCGCAAAAGAAAGCCUCCUCGCAGCUAUGAAUACCGUGCAGCCUAGGUUACAAGGAGUUUUAAAGAGAUUAUGCGUAUUUGCGGGGCUUGAGUCGUAG